AUGGAGGGUUGGGACCCUAAUACCAAAUCAACCCUAACUCAGAUCCCAUUGCUCUCCACAAAGGCUGGUCCUCGCGACGGAGCGGCGUGGACGCAGAGGCUGAAGGAGGAGUACAAGGCGUUGAUCGCCUACACGUCGAUGAACAAGUCCAGAGACAACGAUUGGUUUAGAAUAUCUGCCGCAAACCCAGAGGGCACGCGCUGGACCGGCAAGUGUUGGUACGUUCAUAACCUACUCAAGAACGAGUUCGACCUCCAAUUCGACAUUCCGGUGACGUACCCGGCUACUGCUCCGGAACUUGAAUUGCCUCAGCUAGAUGGAAAGACUCAGAAGAUGUAUAGAGGAGGGAAGAUUUGUUUGACAGUGCACUUCAAGCCACUGUGGGCGAAGAAUUGUCCUAGAUUUGGCAUAGCACAUGCUCUUUGUUUGGGUCUUGCACCAUGGCUUGCUGCAGAGAUCCCCAUCCUUGUGGAUUCUGGCAUGGUUAAGCACAAAGAUGAUGCAGCCUCAUCUACCGAAUCUCAAUGA